CGUGGAUACAUGGAUGCAUGACCCUGCUGCCCCAAAUCGCGCUUGCGCAGCGUUUCUGACUUUCCCACUCUGUCCCCCGUACGUACCAUGGCGUCCACGGAGGAGGACGGCUCGGUUGAAGAGAAAGAAAACAACAACAAGAAGAGGACGAAAAGUGCCAUCGCUGUCGCAUGGCUUACAUUUUACAACAUCGCCAUGACGGCCGGGUGGCUGGUUUUGGCUAUGGCAAUGAUGCGCUUCUACGUCCAGAAAGGCACACACAAGGGUCUGUACAAAAGUAUAGCAAGGACACUCAAGUUUUUCCAGACCAUUGCGUUAGUUGAGGUGGUGCAUUGUGCAAUCGGAAUCGUGAGGACCUCUGUAAUUGUGACCGGGGUUCAAGUAUGUUCACGAAUCUUCAUGGUGUGGUUCAUCACCAACAGCAUCAAACAGAUCCAGAACGAAGAAAGUGUAAUCCUCUUCUUGGCCGUUUGGACGUUUACAGAGAUUACCAGAUAUUCCUUCUAUACAUUCAAUCUGCUCAACCACCUGCCAUACUUCAUCAAAUGGGCCAGAUACAACAUGUUUAUCAUCAUGUACCCUCUCGGAGUGGCCGGAGAACUCCUGACCAUUUACACUGCUCUGCCAUAUGUUCGCAAAACCGGAAUGUUGUCCAUGAGGCUCCCCAACAAGUAUAACGUCUCCUUUGACUACUACUACUUCCUCAUUAUCGUCAUGCUCUCCUAUAUCCCAUUGUUCCCACAGCUCUACUUCCACAUGCUCCGUCAGAGGAGAAAGGUGCUUCUUGGGGAGAUCAUAGUAGAGAAGGAUGAGUAGAACCGCCUCAGUCCAGCACCUGGCGUUCGUUUUGGGACAGCGAGUGUGCACAGCUCCCCUGCCGCCACAUCCAUUCACCUUUGGUACCGCGCUCCACCGCACCCCACAUGCAACAAAAUGGACCGGGAGAGUCAGACGAAUACUAACAUCGCCGGAAAAGCCAUGUAAUAAUCACGGAAAAAGAAUUAAACAUCACAAUCACCACAAUAACCCAACUGGACUAAAUACAGUGCUGCGAGAGAAAUCAUAACCCAACAGGAAUAACAGUCAUCAGAAUCAUCACUGAAUCAGUCAUCACCAAACUCAUCAAUCAACGAGAGGAAUCAUUACAGAACUGGAAUAGUCAUCAUUGUGGAAAGAAUUAAUAAAUAUCAUCUCUAGCCGGAAUCAUUAUCAUCGCAAAACUGGAACGUAAUGCUGCGCACCCAUCAUUGUGGGUUCCACUGUGUCUUCACUGUCCAGGUGUAGAGAUCUAGAUCCCCAGAAAGAGAAAGCACUGAAUCCACCAGCCAGCAUGGCCACAGCAUACUGCACUGAAACCCUGCAACCUGAUAGCAUAAUACUGCACUGAUUACCUUCUACACCUGCUAAAAACAUAAUACUGCACUGAUUACCUUCUACACCUGCUAAAAACAUAAUACUGCACUGAUUACCUUCUACACCUGCUAAAAACAUAAUACUGCACUGAUUACCUUCUACACCUGCUAAAAACAUAAUACUGCACUGAUUACCUUCUACACCUGCUAAAAACAUAAUACUGCACUGAUUACCUUCUACACCUGCUAAAAACAUAAUACUGCACUGAUUACCUUCUACACCUGCUAAAAACAUAAUACUGCACUGAUUACCUUCUACACCUGCUAAAAACAUAAUACUGCACUGAUUACCUUCUACACCUGCUAAAAACAUAAUACUGCACUGAUUACCUUCUACACCUGCUAAAAACAUAAUACUGCACUGAUUACCUUCUACACCUGCUAAAAACAUAAUACUGCACUGAUUACCUUCUACACCUGCUAAAAACAUAAUACUGCACUGAUUACCUUCUACACCUGCUAAAAACAUAAUACUGCACUGAUUACCUUCUACACCUGCUAAAAACAUAAUACUGCACUGAUUACCUUCUACACCUGCUAAACAUAAUACUGGAAGGCGCCUGCUGUGCAUUGAGUCAACCACACAGCAGAUACAUACUGCACCCACCUUCAGCGCAAGAUAGAGGAAGUUCAAGGGAACCAGGAAGUGGUGAGAUGGAAGAAUGGAGGAGGAGAGAUGAUCGUUGAGUCCCCUGAGCAGUUUUUUUUCUCAAUCGGCUAUUUAUUUUUUUCAGAAUUUAUAAGCGUUUUCCACCACAGUGAUUUUAUACGUAAAUAGCGUGUGGCAACAAUGACUAGACAGAAGCUAUAAAAAAAAUAUAAACAAUUAUGCGUAGACGUAUUAUACCUCGACAAUAAACAGACAUUUUGGCAAUAUGCUGCUUCCUUGGUUUAUGUGUGUUGUACUUUAUUUGUAAACAAUGUGAAACAGCAGUAUUAGUAGGCUAUUUUAUGCACAGAUCGGAUCAUUUGAAGAAUGACUUAAUUUAUUCACAUAUCACCUGGUUGGCAAUAUUAUAUGGUUUGUAAGGCAGUAAUACACUUGUAUUGAAUGUUAUUAGUACUUUAGGUGUACCUGAGACUGCUCAAACAUGUUAAACUUGUUUUCCUAAUGUUCUCUCCAUGUUGCUUUAAUGUUUACCAAGAGCUCAGUCAAAUGUAUUUACAAGUGUGCAUCUUAAACAAGGUUACAACUACAGAAAAGUGCUUGUUUUUUUUAAAAGUUCAAGCCAACUUAGAAGACAAAAGAUAAGAGAGAAAUUAUUUCUGAGCUCUCACAGUCUUCAGUUAGUCACUGUUUUGUUCUUUAUGUUUAAAAAUCUGUGUUCAGGAUCCCAUUGUCCUGGUUGGUAUUGUACUGGGCGUUAGUGUUAGAUUCCCUCUACUAAAAGGUGCUACUGUGUCAGAUCGUUUCAAACUUCUGUGCAGCUGAAGGAGAAACUGGAAAUUGGGACGGAGAUAGGAACGGAAAACAGAAUGUGAAAUGUUUUGGGGAAAAGAUGUACAACUUGACGUGUUCAUCGAAUUGUAUGCACUGUGAUAUCGGGCCCCGUGCUACAGUGUACUGAAUGAAUUGACAUAAUGCUAUGAAUCAGGUUUAGACAAGAAAGAAACAAUAAAACUCAAUGGCAAAAAUCA